AAUAAUUCCCGCUUUCCACAACAAAAUGGCGGUUUUUGAUGUUCAUGCCGAAAUAACAUGAACUUUCAAGCUUAUUUCAGCCAGCCUUGAGACCAACAAUUCUGUAAAAAAGAUUUUUAAGGUGUCAAAAGGAAAAUCACUGCAAUCAUGACYACUGUAACRUCAUUACCUGCCCUAAAAGUUGGUGGUCARGUAACCCAGCAGGUCAUCAAACAMGUGCCAUCACCACCAUCGAAAAUGGGRUCAUUGGGAAGUCCAGUCAUGCGCACCAGGGCUGUUUAUAAAAGUGAAGGAAGUUCUAGAGCAGGGCAAAGCUCCAGUGAAAAAUCWACAAACUAUGAAAAAAUAGAAACAGCAAGAUAUCGUAACACAUAUGAACACAACCUCUGCCUGGAUAUGUUAAAAGAUGGCUAUCACCAGUCUUUCUGUGAGCUUUUUAAUUUAAUGAGUAAACAAAAAGAAGAUAGAGAAAAACUUGGCCGUAAUUCAGGGAUGUUUGAUCAUCCCCUUUUAGAGGAUGAACCUGAUAAAUUAGAUCAAUUGAAGCAUCAUUUAACAACAUCUGAAGCUGCCAGAAGAAGAGGUAAAAUGGACAUUGUUUACCAUAGCCUUUUAUCUCUGGCAAGAUACUUUGAGGAGUCAGGUGAUGCAUGGCUUGCAAACCAUUUUUAUGACUCUUGUUUGAAAACAAGCCUAAAGAUCCGAGGAGAUGGGAGAAAGAAGGAGUCUGAAGCAAAUUGUAACAUGGGUCUUGCUUGGGAGAAGGAAGGAGAACUGUUUAAAGCCGUUGAGUAUUUUGAAUCAUUUUACAACCUUACCAAAGGAAGACUUUGGCAGAAUGACCAAGGUGAAAUUCUGCACUCAAAYGCCUGCGAAAACUUGCGACGAGUCCAUACAGCAAUAGCAGAUGGGCUUAAAGAGGAAGACAUGAUGGGAWCAAUUAACUUUUUGCUGAAAGCAUAUGAAAUGGCAAAAGAAAGUGGAGAAGGUCAACAAGAGGGACUUGCUGGUUACAGACUUGGUAUGGCGUAUGAAGAAGUGGAAGAYCCAGAAACAGCAAUUUUGUAUCAUAAUGGAUAUUUAGACAAGUGUCAACUAUUAAAAGAUGAUGUUGGAAUGGGAAGAGCUUGUCAGGCACUGGCAAGAGCUUAUGAGAUGCAAGGAGAUAUAGAAAGUGCUAUGAAGUACUUGGAAAUGUUUGUAGAUUUAGCAGACAGAGCUCAGCAGUUACCAGAACAACAGAGUGCUUGCAGCUCCUUGGGUGAAAUGUAUAAUUCACUGGGUAAAUAUUAUGAUGGAGUAAGAAUGUUUAAGAGAGCAUACGAAAUUGCACAAGAUCUCGGCAACCCAGUGGUAACUGAAGAUGCUCGCAUUCAACUUGGAAUUGCAAGUGCACACAAUGUCUUGAGUGGAUUUUGUACCACUAUGAAUGACAUUAACAAAAGAAAUCUUCAGAAAAUAUUGGACUUCAAAAGUGCAAGACUUGAURCAUUUAUUGGAGAUGUUAAGGAUCAGGCUGAUGAAACUCCAAGUUCAAGAAAUGAAGUUCUUCCUGAUCCCGACAGCCAAACAAGCACUGCAGGUGAAUCAGGGGUUGUGGAAAAUGGUGAAGUCGCAGAAGGAGUUGAAGCUGGAGAAUCUGAACUGCCACCUAUCUCAGAUGAAGGGGAAGCUCAGAAAGUGGAAGACAAUGAGAACAAAGAGACAGCAGAUUCUGGCGUUAAUAGUGAACAGGAGGAAGAGAAGAAAGAAACCUCUUAAAGUGUUUGCCUGUCAAAGGACAUUUUUGAUAGCUACAGACAUGUGUAAAUAACAUUUCAAUCCAUAAAGUACAAUGUAUCUAUCACUGUAGAGUGUCCCAUUGUACUUGGUACUCUGUGUGUGAAAGACAGURCAUCAGUCGUCAGUUGUCCUGGCAUUGUAGUUUUAAUAAUGAAGGGGUUUUUUUUGUGAAAUAAAGUUAAUAAUGUGAUAUUUUUAAAGC